AUGAGUAACGAUCAAUGUCAGUACUUCCAUAUCUUAUCUCUUGCACAAUCUCUAACCUCUUUGAUAGUUCUUGAAGAAAUUUGGCUAAAACACUCUCAGGUUGCUGUCACAGGUGCCCAAUACAACUCUGGUGAACAUUUGCCCCACCCGAAAUGUUUGAAAGGGACCCGAGUUAAUCUCCUCAAAUACAUCCAUGAAUUAUUGGAUGACUCAGAGAAAAAUCAACUGUUUUGGCUGCAUGGCAUGGCUGGUGUCAGAAAGUCUGCCAUUGCAUUUACAGUUGCUGAAACCCAUGAGAGGUCUAAAAUGGGAACAUUCUUUUUCUUGCACAAGCACGCAAAACAUUGCACGACUGGAUAUUUCUUUGCGAUGGUUGCCUACCAGCUUGCCACCAAUUUUCCAAGCAUCCAGAUGGAUGUGAGCAGAGCGAUCCACAACAAUCCUGCACUACUAAACCCAGAUAUGCCUCUAUGCGACCAGAUGGAAGCUCUCUUUCUCCAACCCCUCUGGAAACUUCGACUCAGAUUUCUGGGAUGUCUGCCUUUGUCGUUUGUUGUCGAUGUGCUUGAUGAAUGCACAUCUAAACCUGAGAUUACUUAUCUCAUUCUUUCCCUCGCACAGGCUCUUUGUGAGCCUGACCUUCCUGUGACCCAUAUUCUGCUCACAAGUCGCUCAGAAUCCCAUAUCCAUAAAGCCUUCCAGAAUGAAGAGGUGCGCCUGUUGGUGUGCGAGAUACCCGUGAGAACUUCUGGGGAUGGUAUUUCAUUGGAUGGCAUAGAUGUUGAUGACAACAUCUGUACUUUCUUGCAGCAUUCCUUUGAAGAGCUGGAAAGUCACCAUCCCGAUUUCCCUAAGCUAUUGAUAAAUGAUCUUGCAAAGCUGGCAAGCCGAGCGGGCAGACAUUUCGUUGUAGCAUCUAGAUGA